AUGGCAGCCUCUGAGACCAUGCCCCAUGAUGAUCAUAUUGUCCUUGAUGAGACUGACCUGAGAAUUGUGCUGCUGGGUCGCAGAAAGUCUGAGAAGAGUUCAUCUGGAAACUCCAUCCUGGGCAGAGAAGAGUUUGAUCUGAAGAGAAGAACAGCUGAGUGUGUGAAGAGACAGGGAGAGGUAGCAGGCAGACAGCUCACAAUAGUCGAGGCUCCAGGAUGGUGGUGGAAUGAUUUAACAGAAACCCCUAAACUUACCACGAAAGAGAUUGAGCUCAGUGUGUCGCUGUGUCCUCCUGGUCCCCAUGCUCUGCUGCUGGCCAUACGUGUGAAUAGAUCAUUUACACAAAAUGAUAGAAGAGGAGUGCAGGAACACCUGGAGCUUCUAGGUGAGAGAGUGUGGAGACACACUAUACUGCUGUUCACCUGUGGAGACCAACUAGGAGACACCAUUGAGCAGCACAUUGAAAGUGAAGGAAAGAGUCUGCAGUGGCUGGUAGAGAAAUGUGGGAACAGAUAUCAUGUCUUCAACAACAAGAGGAGAGAUGACCACAUGCAGGUCACACAGCUGAUGGAGAAGAUAGAAGAGAUGGUGGCAGCAAACAGAGGACAGUGUUUUGAGAUGGAGAGAAGGAGAAUAGAAGAGAUGGGGGAAAAGAGAAUGGGGGGUGACGAACGAGCAAGAGAGAGGAUGAUGAAGGUGAUGAGAGAGAGAGAAUCACUCAGAUCACAGAUGGGUGCCUCUUAUCAUCUGCCAGAGUUGAGGAUUGUGCUUCUGGGAUUAAAAGAAUUUGGGAAAAGUUCAUCAGGAAACACAAUCCUCGGCAAAGAAGAGUUUGGUACUGCAGAGACAAUAGCUCAGUGUGUGAAGAGACAGGGGGAAGUAUUAGGGAGACACGUUACUGUGGUGGAUGCUCCAGGAUGGUGGAGAGUCCAAAAAGACGCAACAGUCAACAUAAUUAAGGAAUGGAUUGAGCUCAGUGUGUCUCUGUGUCCUCCUGGACCACAUGCUCUACUGCUGGCCAUACGUGUUGAUAGAUCAUUCCCUCAAAUCCGUAUAAUAUCAGCGCAGAAACACCUGGAGCUUCUGAGUGAGAGAGUUUGGAGUCACACCAUAGCGCUUUUCACCCGUGGAGACCGGCUGGGAGACACACCUAUUGAACAGCACAUCGAGAGUGAAGGACAGAGUCUGCAGUGCCUGGUAGAGAAGUGUGGCCACAGAUAUCAUGUCCUCAACAAUAAGAGGAGAGAUGACCACAUGCAGGUCAAGGAGCUCAUUGAGAAGAUAGAAGAGAUGGUCGCAGCAAACAGAGGACAGUGUUAUGAG